AUGUAUGGGCUGGCACAGACAGGGUUCUCAUUUCUUGAUCCGGGUUUGCUGACUACUUUUGUUGAGAGGUGGCAUGGGGAGACUAACACCUUCCAUAUGCCAAAUGGGCAGAUGACAGUCACGCUGGAUGACAUGUGUUGUCUUCUGUGUCUCCCUAUUCAGGGACAGUUGUUGGAUCAUGCAAGUAUCACGACAAAGGCUGAAGAUCGGGUUGAUAAUUAUUUAUGGGGCACUGUUGCACUGGCGUUCCUAUACCGGGAGUUAAGAAACGCAGCUUGGGUCUACAACCACUUUGAGGAUAUUGGCGGUACGAAGUCGAAGUGCUAUGUGGAGGAAAUGUCCAGUGCUUGCAAAUAUGAGCUGACAAAAGGGCAGACAAAUCAGCUGGCAAUGCGGAAGAUGAUGGGUUGGUUGCUUCCGCAUGACACCACAUGGACUCCGUACGAAGACCACCGGGAUGUUUGGUCAUUUGAGGAUAUCGCUUUGUACUCCGGUUGGAUUAGGUGUGGACCUAUCAGGGUGAGGUAUCUGCCCGAGCGUGUAUUACGGCAUUUUGGGUACAUCGAGACCAUUUCGCGCCAUCCGCACGCCGCUGCUAAUCCAUUGACCACAAUGGCAUAG